AUGGCAAAUUUGAAACCACUACCCGAAGGCGAUGGCCCUACGUUAGAGCCAUUCAACCACGAUCUUCUUGCCGACGAUGUCGAGUUUCUCGAGUUUCUCGGGCACCAUGGCAUACAUGGCGCCAUUGUAAAAACGAGAAUCAGAGGUCAUCUAUACGCCAUAAAAUUCUUUACAGAGACUGAGCUGGCAGAGCCCGAAUACUAUGCCGAGGACUACGAGACGAUCCCCAUGGAGAAACAACACGAGUUUGAAUCACACUUUAUCCCAUUCUACCAGGAAUGCCGCGCCUUUGGUAGACUGAAGGAGGUUAAUCGCGAACACCUUGCUGUCAAGGUCUACGGCUACGUUUCACUCAAGGUGGAUCAAGCUCUGGAGCUCAAGAUGCGCAACGCCUUGUGGAAGCUUCCCCGUCAUCUCAAAAUCUUCCCAAGGACCGCCAGAUCCAUCCUGGUUACAUCCUCCGAGAUCAAGGGCAUCGUCAAGGACUGGGUGGAGCCAGCCAAGUAUGAGGGUGAGUCGGAUAUACCAUCACACAGGAUUGAUAACAUUCUCUCCGUCUCGCAUUUUCCGCGGAUGCUGAGAGAACUGCACGAGAUUCACCGAUGUGGGAUUGUUAUUAGGGAUAUGAGCAUCUCUCAGUACGUCAACGGCAUUCUCGUUGACUUUAGCAUGGCUUGGACUAUGCCUCAUCCUUUUGGACCCGGCGGGGGCCUUGAGCCAGCUUGGACGUUUCAGAGUCUAGCUGCGUGGGAUCUCUUCUGCUUCCAGACCAAGGUGAUAGACCCGUGGAAUAACUUUCUCAGGGACGCGCUUGGUACCAGUCAAAGGGAGUGUCGGCUUCAAGCUUAUCCGCACCCUGCACAGUACAAGCUUCGCCCUCAACCGUUCCGACAGAGACCAUUCCUCCCCAUAAUCAAUCAAGACGAUGAAGUAUUGGAUAUGAUCGAGUUACCUAGGUAUGAUCCUGGGGCUUUCAACGCUGAGGAGGCUGCCAAGAUGGUCCGGGAGCAGAACAAGCGGAAACGAGCUGGUGGGGAACUUGUUGGCCAGGCACAAAAGAAGAGGAAGAUUACAAAGAAAUACUCUUAG